CCAACUCAUUCCAUGUGCCUGACCAAUUCGGGCGUCCCCAUUCCAUGAUACUGUGAUCCCUUCGCUCCGGGCCUACGAGCGCAUUCCAAUCUACAUCGGUAACAAAGAUAGAUACAGCGAUCCCCCUUCACCAUGGCCGACACCACCGCGCACGACACGAUCGGCGCCUCUACCCUGGCCACCCCCCUUUUCAUGCCCUCUUCUCCUCCAGGUCCGAAUCGCGACCCGAUAGACUCCCCCGAGCGAUCCCAAACCCCCGCGUCUGAGCAUCCCGCUGACCAGUCGCACCUGCGGAACCGCCAUUCUCCGGGGUCGUCCAGAGCGUCGUCCCCCGACCGCGCGCUGAGAGAACUAGAAGCCCGUCUGGCGGAGUACACGGUGGAUUUCAGCCAGUUUCCAAGUGGCCACCAUGACCUCGACGAUGAUCCCUUAGACGAACCCCGGUUGCCUUAUGAAGAGGAUCGAUUGUCCGACGUCGCGGGACCGGAGGACUUUACGGCGAAUCUGGAGCGCUAUCUCAUGGGAGAGGACGAUACGGAUAUAUUUGAGCACAAAGAAUUGGAGGGGAAUAAAUCACCAGUGCCGCAGAAGGAGCAAGGGCCGGUAACAGAACAGCUUGCACAGGAGGUCGAAGAACAGGCCCAGCCUCCGCCCCAGCCACAGGAUCAGCAACCCCUACAGGACGAACAGCAGCAGAGCUCCCAGCUUCAUCAACCCGCGAUCGAAGAUGAACCCGAACUGGGCGAAUACAGCGAAUUUGGCCCUCCUGUCGACAUGUCCACGCCGUCUCAUUUACUGCGUAGGCCGAGUGGAUUGGCCAAGGAUGUGACGCAUCUCGCGAAUAUUGAAGAAGAUCCGGAUGACGAGCUAGACACUGCGGCGACUCCAUCAGUCCGUAAGCAACGGACUCCGUCGAUUAAGGGGGGCAAGGAUGCGGAGGGAGAUUGGCGUCGACAGAUCGCCGAUUUACAGCGGGCGGUUCGAGACCGGGAUGAGCAAUUGGAGAGAAACCAUCGUCGCGUCCUGGAGGCUGCUUCGGCCGGAGAACAGAUCAAGCACUUGCAAGCGGAACUUCAAAGGAAGACGGCCUUGCUGGACGAGUUGCAUGCCAAGCGUGGCGACGAGACGCUUCUACGGGAACAGAUUCAACUGCUGCAGAUGCGAAACGAAGAGAAGGAAUCAUUUCUCCAAAAGUCGUCCAUCAGCUCCUUAGAGCUCAGCGCUCUCCAGAAACAAAUUGGUGACAUGCAUAAAGACCUGCAGAAUCGCAACACUUCUACAGAGCUAGAAACCGAGAGGAUGGAAACGAUUACGCACCUGCGCCAGCAGUUAACCAUGUCUCAAGAACAAGUGAAAAAGCGGGAUUCCGCGCUGGACGAAACCCUGGAGAAAUUACAAGAACUCACCACGGUGAAGGAGCAGCAACUGCGUGAGAACAACACCAUGGUUGACGGGCUCCGAGCCCAAAUCGACGACCACGUCCUGGAGAUUGAGAGGCUCGAGGGUGACCUGGAGCGCGCGAACCAAGCAUACCACGAACUCGAGGACAGGAUUUCCUCGUUGGAAACCAAGAAUCGCCCCCUGGAAGAGAAGAAUAGCACCCUUGAAGCCGACCUAUCGCGCGCGCAAUCGCAGAUGACGGCCCAGGAGAAUGCACUCAAAGCCAUGGCCGCAGACCUCCCCGUCGAGACGGGUGGGAACACGUACACCGAGAUCUUGGAACUGAUCAAGGACCUGGGCCAACCCACCACGACACGUCCCGCCGAUGUCCUCUUGAAAGAGAAAGCUCCGGUCGAUCCGGAAUUAGAUAUGUUCCGUGAGGAAAUCGCAAAGCUUCAGGCCGAACUGAAGACUGCCUCCUCCGCUCGGAAGGCCAUGGAAAUGCAAGUAACGCGGUCCCAAGAGCAAACCACCGAAGCGCACACUCUCAUCAACUCCAUCGAGAGCGAAAACACCCGUCUGACCCGGCGUGCCGAAGACCUGAAAUCCAACCUCGACAAGGCCCAUCGCGAGCUUGCCCAAGUCAAGGAUGCGCACUCCGAGGCACUCGACACCAUCCAGCGCCUCCAAGAAGACAAGAAAAAGCAGCAGCCCAGCCCGCCUCCAUCGCCUCCAGUUCAACGGCAAAAGGAAUCGGCCCUCGAGGAGACCCACCAGGCGCAGCUGAAAAGCCUCCAAACGGCCCAUGCCACCGCCAUCUCUACCCUUCGCACAUCCCAUGCUGACUCCAACCGCAAGCUUCGAGACCUUCUAUCUGCUGCCGAGAGGCGAGAAUCCAAUCUCCAGGCCGAUCUCCAGUCCCUGCGCACCUCUCGCUCGAGCCAAGGCAAAGACCUGCAAUCGCUGCGCGCCGAGAUCGAACGUCUUGAGUCCGUCAUCGCCGUCAAAGACGAAACGGCCGCGGCGGUGGAUCAACGCAUUGCCCGGUCGGUCGAGAAGCGCGAGAAGGAAUGGGAACGCCGUGUGGAUCUCUUGCUCAAGGAGCGAGAGCGAAUGAGUCGAGCUCUGAUGUGGUCUUGGGGUGAGAAAGAAGUCAAGGAGCCCCAGGACCCGCCGCGUGAUGAACAGGGCCGACGCAAGCAGGGGUAUAAGUAUAAAUACGCUCAGAAGAGUAGCAGUGGGAAGAAAGCAUGAUCCGAUUGUUUGGCUCUGCUUGAUUUUGGAACUCUGGUCAGCCUCGGUUGUUUCUGGUGUUUAUCUUUUUAUUUUAUUUUUUCUUCCUUGGUCAUUUCUCUAGCUUUCGGGGAUCUUUUGUUUGUACUGGAGCAUAGGGUGGGAUCGUGAGUGGGAUUGACUCGUCCGGCGUCUUUGGGGUGUCUAAUGGCAGCAUUUAAAUGUAGCAUAUGGUAUUAUGCUCAAGAGACUUCAUAUUCUUUCGUUCAGUAUAAAUCACAUCAA